GAUACCUAAUUUUUUCACAGUUCAUUGAUUGGAAUUUCAACAAAAAGACAUGGCCAAGGUUCCAGCCAUCGGUAUUGAUCUCGGAACUACCUACUCCUGCGUAGGUGUGUUCCAGCAUGGCAAAGUCGACAUUAUCGCAAACGACCAGGGCAACCGGACUACGCCGUCCUAUGUAGCGUUUACCGACUCCGAGCGAUUGAUCGGAGACGCUGCGAAAAAUCAGGUUGCGAUGAACCCAAAUAAUACUAUUUUCGAUGCUAAACGGUUAAUCGGCCGCAAGUUCGAUGAUCCGACCGUGCAAUCGGACAUGAAACACUGGCCGUUUGACGUGAUUAGCGAUGGCGGUAAACCAAAACUAAAGGUCGAAUAUAAAGGCGAGAAGAAAAGUUUCUUCCCGGAGGAAGUUUCGUCAAUGGUGCUGACUAAAAUGAAGGAAACGGCCGAGGCUUAUCUAGGCAUCAAAAUUGCUAAUGCCGUGAUUACUGUACCGGCCUAUUUUAACGAUUCGCAACGUCAGGCUACGAAGGAUGCCGGCGCAAUCGCUGGACUGAAUGUGCUCCGAAUCAUCAAUGAACCAACGGCUGCGGCUAUUGCAUACGGGCUGGAUAAGAAGGGAGCAGGAGAACGAAAUGUUUUGAUUUUCGACUUGGGUGGUGGUACUUUUGAUGUGUCGGUUUUGACCAUUGAGGAAGGUAUUUUCGAGGUGAAGUCCACCGCCGGUGAUACUCACUUGGGCGGAGAAGAUUUCGAUAACCGAAUGGUAAGCCAUUUCGUGGAGGAAUUCAAAAGAAAACACAAAAAGGAUAUCUCGUCUAACAAGCGUGCUUUGCGUCGUCUACGCACGGCCUGCGAGAGAGCAAAGCGUACCUUGUCAGCCUCCACUCAGGCCAGCAUUGAAAUUGAUUCCCUGUUCGAGGGUAUUGACUUCUACACUUCGAUCACCCGUGCCCGGUUUGAGGAGUUGAACUCUGAUCUGUUCCGUGAUACGAUGGAACCGGUGGCAAAGGCACUUCGUGACGCCAAAAUGGACAAGGGCAACAUUCACGAUAUUGUCUUGGUUGGCGGCUCCACGCGUAUUCCGAAAGUUCAAAAGUUGUUACAAGACUUUUUCAACGGAAAGGAAUUGAACAAAUCAAUCAAUCCUGAUGAAGCUGUUGCCUAUGGUGCUGCAGUACAGGCUGCUAUUCUGCAGGGUGACACUUCUGACGCUGUCCAGGAUCUCCUUUUGUUGGACGUCACGCCCCUGUCGUUAGGAAUUGAAACGGCCGGUGGUGUUAUGACGGUCUUGAUUAAACGUAACACAACGAUCCCGACCAAACAGACUCAAACUUUCACCACCUAUUCGGACAAUCAGCCGGGAGUAUUGAUUCAGGUGUUUGAAGGAGAACGUGCUAUGACAAGAGAUAAUAACUUGCUGGGUAAAUUCGAGCUUAGUGGAAUUCCUCCUGCUCCGAGGGGAGUCCCACAGAUUGAAGUUACGUUCGACAUCGAUGCAAAUGGAAUAAUGAAUGUGUCGGCCAUUGAGAAAUCGACCAACAAGGAAAAUCGCAUAACCAUCACCAACGACAAAGGCCGCUUAAGCAAGGAGGACAUCGACCGAAUGGUGAAUGAAGCGGAAAAGUUCCGAAACGAGGACGAAAAGCAGCGGGAUAAGAUUUCCGCCAAGAAUUCUCUUGAGUCUUAUUGCUUCAACAUGAAAUCCACUAUGGAGGAUGCAAACAUUAAGGACAAAAUACCGGAAACAGAUAAAACGUUGAUUAUGGACAAGUGUAAUGCUACAAUUGCAUGGUUGGAUGGUAAUCAAACGGCCGAAAAAGAAGAGUUCGAACACAAACAGAAAGAGCUGGAAGCCGUCUGCAAUCCGAUCAUUCAGAAGCUGUAUCAAGGUACCGGGGGUAUGCCAGGUGGAGUGCCCGGUGGAAUGCCUGGUGCAGCACCGGGAGCAGGUGGCGCACCUUCAUCGUCCGGACCGACCAUCGAAGAAGUGGAUUAA